AUGCCCUCCGAUCUCAGUUUCAUCCCUGCGUCCGCCGCUGCUCCCUGCGUCCGCCGUCGCUCCCUGCUUCUGCCGCCGCCGCGCAGGACUCUGCCUAAACGCUUGGAGGAAGUAGAGGAAAGUGUAAAAGUGCUAAUAGAUGCAGCUAAGACGAGAAAGGUAGCAGCAGAGAAGGUUCUGUUUGCACUUUCUGUCAUUGAGAAAGCGAAAAUUGAUCCUUCUGGCUUUCUUGAAACCCUGGGUGGCAAUGAAUCCCCUGAGAGGACAUGGAUGCUAAUUUUCACCGCUGAGUUUGAAAACUUAAAAUGGUCCUCUGAACUUGUUUCUCUGGAACGUCCUGAUUCGUGGUUACACCUGGAAUGGGCCCCACCAGGAUGCCAUUGCCUGUCUUCCUCUGAACUUGUUUCUCUUGUAACUGUGAUUUCGUCCUCGGCUGACAUUGCCUGUCUUCCUCACGGGAAGGAGAUCCACGGUCUUGCUUGGAGACAUGGAUUUCAAUCCAAUGAGAAGGUUAUGAGGAAAGAGGCUCGGCCGGAUCUUAUAACCUUUGUUGGUGUUCUAGCAGCUUGCAGCCGUGGGCUUCUGCCCAAUGAAGGGCAAUCAUUUUAUGAUAUGAUGAUGAGGGAUUAUGGUAUCAAUCCAACUGUUCAACACUACACAUGCAUGGUUGAUCUUCUUCGUCACUAUGGCAAACUGGAGGAUAGAUUGAUAGAUAGGAUAUAUACUCUUUAA